AUGUCUGAGAGUGAAAAUUUCAAAUUAAGAAGAGAAAUUAUACAGCUCAAAAAACAAAUUGAGUAAUUGCGAGAAGACGGUCGCUAGAAAGAUUAAAGAGUCGCAUUUUUGGAAGCAGAAUAAGAGUUUCAUUAGGGGAGAUAUGAGGAAUAGAAGGCAAAAUAUAAUGAUUGCUUUACCAGAAUGAGAGAAUUAGAAAAGAUGGUUAAUAGGGAUGAUGCAUAUACAAAAGAGACCUUAAAGAAUUAAUUAGAUAAAGCAAAGGAUGAUUUAGAUAGAGAGAAGGCAGCUGUUCAAUAAUACAUCGAUUAAUUGGAGAAGGUGAAACUUGAAAAUGGUAAUCUGAUGUGGCAAUUGACAUAAUUAUCGUUGAAAUACAAGGAUGAAAAUAUAGUCAAGGAUGAAUUCCAUUACAGAGAUGAAGUUUAGGAUAACAGAGAAAAAUUGAAGAAUUUGGUGGAAAAAACAAAUGCUUUGAAUUAGGCCAUUGAAAGAUUGAGUGCUGAAAACAGAGUGUUGAGAAAGAUGGCAGGAGUUCCAGAUGAUUAUUAAUUUGAAUUGGAUGAUGUGAUUUAAGAAGGAUAAUUGUAAGUAGAGAAGUACAGAGCUCAAGUGAUUGAAUUAGAGAGAGAAGUGGAAGAAUUGGAAGAAGAGAGAGCAAGGUUGAGAAGAAAAUUGAGAGAAUAAGUUGCUGGAGGUGAAGUGAAUUUGGAAGAAUUCGAUACUUAAUCAAAUAAUCAAUUGAGAAAGGAAAAUUAGGAAUUGAGAAGUAAAGUAAAGAUGUUGGAGGAAGAAAAUGCCCAUAUUCGUUAAAAUUAAUAAGAUUAUGGAGCUAUGGGCAUGGGCACGUAGUAAGGAAUUAUGAGAAUUACUAAUGAUCAGAUGUAAGAAAUGAUGUAGAAAUAAUAACAGGAACUAAAAGAACAGCUUUAAGAGAUAGUCAAAACUAUGAAAGGGUAAAACUAUUAGGAGACUACAUAAGUCAAAUAAUCAAUUAUUUCAUAAAAAUAAGUUGUUGAUACAACUGGAUUGGAUAAAUUAAGUGUUCCUCCUAAUCCUAUCCCAGGAGCAUUUGGAAAUUAUAAUGAUAUUAAAGAAGGUUACAGUUAGCGAUUUAAUGUUAGAUUUCCAGUAGAUAUGUCCUCAGCAUAUGGGGAUUCAGGUAUGGAUCAGAUGUAAUUGAAAUACGAAUUAGCAUCAUUGCAAUUGUAGAAUAUAGAGACCUUGAGAUUAUUGCAACAGAAGGAAGCUGAGUAUACCAAUUUAUUAUAAGAAGUUACUACAAUUAAGGAAGAUAUAAAGGGCAAGUGUUUGUUGGUUUAAGACCAAUUGUUUGUGAAGUAUAUUGAGGAGAGAGACAAAUUUAAGGUGAUGUAUGGAGAAAUCCAAGAGAAAUACAAGGCUUAAUUGGAUUUGAAUGUGGAAGCCAAGAUUAAGUUAGCUCAUUAUGAGGAUUUUAUGAGAGACAGAGAGAAGCCAAAGAAGGAUUUGGAAGACAAGUUGGGGGAGAUGGCUAAGAGAACUGCAAUUUUAGAUGUCAAUUUGAUCAAAUUAUCAAGAAAGUAUGAUGCAUUGACUGAAGAAUAUAAAUAAAUGAAGACCAGUUAUACAAUAGUAGAGAGUGAGAGUAUGGCAAAGGAGAAGGAAUUGUUAGAAAAAAUAUAUAAUUUGCUUUCAUGGAAGAAAUCAGCAGAAGAACAUAUGAAGGUUAUGAUCAAAGAAUUAAAGAAUUCAGUACCAUCUGAUUUAUUCAACAAUCUUAGACAAAAGUUGGAAUACACUUAGGAUAAAUUGGCUAAUGCCCAAUUGAAAGAGGCAGAGUUCUAAAAGAGAAUUGCAACUCUUGAAAGUCAUGAGAGAGAAGCAUUUGAAAGAGGAGAGAGAGUAAGGUAAUUGGAAGAAGAAUUAGUGGAAAUUCAAUUAGAAGAAGAAGUGAUUAAGAAAAGAUUGUAGAGUUUUGAUCCUGCUUUUGAUAAAUAUGUUAAGAUAUAUGAACACAUUGUAGAGUUUAUUAAGAUUAAAAAUAUAUCGGUUAUAGAAAUAUUCAAAUUAUUCGAUGAGAAUGGAGACAACAAGAUUUCAAGAAGUGAAUUCACCACAGCUAUUGGUAACAUUGGAGUUCCUGUCAAUAAUGACGAUAUGGAAAUUGUAUUCAUGUUUGUAGACUUAGAUGGAACUGGCUAAAUUGAAUAUUAAGAGUUCAUUCGAAAACUUAAGAGAUCAGGAAUCAAUCUCAGAAAACCAGAAGAUUAAUUGCUAUAUCAAUUAUAUAAUGCAAUCAAGGAGUCAGGAUAUGACUUAAGAUCUGCUUUCUAAGCAUUUGAUACUAAUUGUGAUAAUGUCAUCUCCAAAGCAGACAUGAAAGAAGCACUUCUUUAGAUGAAUAUAAAACAUGAUCAAAAAGCUAUUGAUUAUAUCUUUAGAAUGGCAGACACUAGUGGAGAUAAUCAAAUCAACUAUGAGGAGUUUUAUGUAUUAUUUGAUGAAAUUGUUAAAAGCGAGUUAAUUAAUUAAGGGAAAUCAAUCUAACUAACCUUAGAUAUUAAGUAUCAAAUUAUGUGUAAAUUGGAUCAAUCAAUUAAAGAUUAGAGAUUAACAUUACUUGAUGUAUUUAACAUGAUAGAUAGAGAUGGAGAUCAAAUUAUUACAUUAAUGGAAUUUUAAGCUCUAUUCAGAGAAUUAGAGGGAGGUAUCGCCCCUGAUUUGAUUAGAUAACUGUUUGAUUAGAUGGAUUAAGAUCGCAAUGGUCAAAUAAGUUAUAAUGAAAUGUUAAAUUAUUUAAGAACGGCAAAGACAGAAGAGGAGAAAUACCAGAAGUUGCAAUUUAUUUAGUAAAGAACAGAACAACUGAAAAGUUUACAGGAAGCAGAUGUCAAUCUUCAAAAAGCAAAACUAGAAAAUAAAGGAUAAACAUUAGAAGAUAGAUUAAAAAUGAAAAUAAGCAUAUUAGAAAUGAGGGAGAGAAAUGCACAUUAAAAAUGUGAAGUUCUACUCAACUAAUUAACUAAUACGGAGUUAAAACUAAAGGAAACAACAAAGACUUUAUUUGAACUAUAAAAUUAAAUGGAGAAAUCCAAUGAUACUUUCUAUAGAGAUAGAGAGGAAAAGCUUAUGUUGUUGGAAAGAUUGAAAGGAGCAUUAUCCAGAGAAGAAAGCGAAAAAAUGACUAAGCAAAUCGAAUAAUAGAGAUUGACCAUUUCUGAUUAAAAUAGUGCCAUCACAACGUAUAGACAAUUGUAUGAUACUGCAGUCAUGUAGACUAAGAGUAUGAAAUUAACUAUAGAAAAAAUAAAAAAUGAUACGGACACUAUGUAGUAAACAAUAAAAGAAUUACAGGCAAUAUCAGAUUAGAAUAUGAUGAUUGGCAAGUUGUAUCAUCAUCUCAUGGUUGCAAGAUGGCAUGAGGCAUAAACUAAUCAGAAGUAUGAGAAAGUCUUGGAUGAAUUAAGAAAACUCAAGUUGUAAUCUGAAUCAUAUGAUACAACAAUUCUUAAACAAUCAUAAGAAAUUAUUUCAUAAAAUACGAUCUUUUCAGAACAAAUUAAAUCGUACGAAUAAUAACUCACUGAACUCAAAUUAAAAAUAUUACCUACUGUUACUUUACAAAGAGUUGAAGAAUAAGCGAAAAGAGUCAAAGAAUUGUCAGAUAUGAAAUCUGAGGUUGAAAGACAAAACAGAGAAUUGAGAGACAGGUUUUAUGAAUUACAAUUAAAGGCAGAUUAUUUUGAUAAUUACAAGGAGAAAUUAGAUAAUCUAGAGAGAAUCUUAAGAUAAAAUAAUCCUGACGAAUUAAGUUAAUAAAUUAUAACAGUUAGUUAAAAAUUAUCUGAUGAAAAAAUAGAAUUGCUUAGGGUUAGAAGGGAGAUGUAAGUUAGUGCGGAAAAGCAAGAAUACUAUUAAAGAUUAAAUAAACAAUACACUGAUACUAUUAAGAAGUUAGAAUAUGAAUUAGCACAUGCUGAUUUGGACUUAAGAAAAAGAGAAGAAGAUUGGAGGAAGAGAUUCUAUGAACAAAGAAAAACUAUUUUUGCCUAAUUAGGACUCAUUGAAAAAGGAGAUAUAAAAGAGUUUUCUUAAAAAAAUACAGAUGCUAGCAAAAUGCUUAUUGAUGCAAUUUAGAAAAAGUAGAAUUAGCAGACUGAAUACCAAAAUCAGCCAACUGAAUAAUAGUAAAUAGAAAAUUCACAACUAUAAAGAAGAAUAUAAGAAUUAGAAGCUUAAGUCAAGGCAAAAAGCAUAGAAAUUGAAGCGUAUGUAGAAAGAUAAAAGAUUGUUGCUGGAGGUUCCACUGUGUUUUAAUAAUAACAAUUAGAAGAUUAUACAAAGACUUUAUUAGCUCAAGAAGCUGAAAAAGUUUCUACUGCGGGUUAAUAAAUGUUAAAGGCUAUGCAGGAAAUAAUUAAGGACAAGGAUAGAGAAUUAGAAAGAAAGGAAUAGUAGAUAGAGGCUAUGCGACAGGAGUCUUUAAUGAAUAAGAAAAAAGAUGUUUCAGAAAUAUAAAGAUUAACUGAUUUAUUACAUAAAAGAGAUUAAGCACUACAAGAUGCAAACAGAAUGGGUAAUAACACAAAUUUCAAUAAUUUCUCAUAUCUGUAAUAAAAUUAGAUGUCUGAAUUAUAACCAGUAUUGAUAGAGAAAUAUUAAUAAUAAUUAUCAGAAAAGGAUAGGAAAAUAAAAGAUUUAGAAUUAUCAUUCGAAGCAGAGAAAAAUGCUUUGAAGAAAGUAAAAGAACAAUUAACGAAAACUAUUGCAAUGAAGGAAUAAUUAGAAAUAGAUUUGGAGAGCGAAAAGAAAUUGAAUGAAAACAUGUAAUAUGUAUCGAAGAUUGAGAAAUUAUAAAAUUUAGUGAAUGAAAAAAAUAGUUUAUUGGCUUCAUAAAAGAAAACUAUUAUUGCUUUAAAAGAAGAAUAAUUUAAAAUAGCAGGAGAAUCUAUGAAUAAGGAAUAAACUUACAAAAGUAAAGAAGCUAAAUUAAAUAAUAAUACAACUGAGCUUGAAUUUAAAUUAACUAAAAUGGUUAAUGAAACGAAAUUAUUAAAAGAGGAAAUCAAAGAUAAACAGAAAAAGUUAGAAUAACUGUAAGAAAAGGAAAUUCAAAAUAGAGCAUAAAUGACAGAUCUACAAAAGAAAAACUCAGAACUUAAAGCAAUUAUCUAAGCUGGAGGUGGCAAAUUAGAAGAGUAAGAUUAAACAGUAACAAAUAUUUAAGCAAAACUUUAAUAGUUUAACUAAAUGUCAAUGGAGAAAGUAUAAUUAGAAAGAGAAAUUCAAUUUUUAAAGUAAUAAGGAGGAACAAGAGAAUUAUUUGAUAAAGAUGCUACAUUAAAACCAUCAACAGGGUUAUAUUUUAAGACAUUCUCAGAUUUGUUGGAUACUCUGAAAUAAUAUUUAAUAACAAAACCUAAGUUUGAUUUACUUUUUGAAUUUAAAAAGUUGGACAAAUAGUCAGAAUAUAUACUGCCAAUGGCAAAGUUCUUUGAAGUGUUAUCCAAUGCUGGAGUAAAACUGAAAACAAGAGAUCAAAAAUUAGUGAUUGACACGAUUAAGACAAAGGAUGAGAAUGCAGAUUACUAUUUCAAGUUUUACUAUGUUUAUAAGGGUUGGGCAGACAAUAUUGUUCAAACUGAUUUAGAAGAUAAAUCUUAAUUAUAGUAAUAGCCACAAAUCCAAUAACAACAGUCUUAAAAGUUUAGUUUAAAAAAUAAAAAAUGA